AUGAACGAACAGAAUGACGACCAGCCCAUCGCACUGGAAGAGCGGCAGCAAGAACCAGACCAGACGAGGCCGGAGUUCUCCCUUCCCCCAACCGAUCGAGGAAAAGACGCCUGGCUCGUCCUCUUUGGGACGUUCGUCAUCGACGCCUUCGUCUGGGGAUUCCCGUUCACAUCGGGCGUUUUCCAAGAGUUCUACGCCAGCGAAUUCGCUGACGACAAUGCUUCCUCGGGCGUGGCCAUGAUCGGCACCGUCGCUCUGGGCGUCCUGUACCUGGGCUCCCCGGUCUGUCUGUUCAUGCUUCGUCAGUGGCCUCGACACCGCCGGAAGUGCAUCAUGGUCGGCUUCCUCAUCACGGCCGUGGCCUUGGUGGCAGCGUCCUUUGCCACGCGCGUCUGGCAGCUGGUCCUGACGCAGGGCUUCCUGUAUGCCGUCGGCGCGUGCAUGAUGUCGUACCCGACGAUGCUGUUCCUGGACGAGUGGUUUACGCAUAGAAAAGGCCUCGCAUUCGGCCUUGCCUGGGCCAGCACGGGCUGUUCGGGCGUGGCCUUCCCCCUGCUCAUCUCCUGGUCGCUGACCCAUUUCUCGUUUCGCAUCACCCUGCGCAUGUGGGUGAUUGCCAGCAUGGUGGUCCUGGGCCCGGUGCUCCGCUUCAUGAAGCCGCGCGUGCCGUCGUCGACGGGGUCUGCUCGUCCUUCCAACAUGCCCGACAUUCGUUUCGUCGUGUGUCGGCCUUUCUUCCCCCUGCAGCUGUGCAGCAUCCUGGAAAGUCUCGGCUACUUCCUGCCGGGCCUGUAUCUGCCUCUGUAUGCGCGGUCACUCGGCUUCAGCAACGAGAUCGCAACGGCCAGCGUCGUGCUGCUGAAUAGCGGUGCGUUCUUCGGCUCCAUGGUGACGGGAUUCCUGGUCGACCGGUGGGACGUGACGAGCGUGAUGUUAUUCUCGACCGUCGGCGCAACCCUGUCGGUGAUCUUUCUCUGGGGUUUCUCAGGACUGGCGACCGUGCUCUGCUUGUUUUCCUGGCUCUACGGCUUCUUCGCCGGCAGCUUCAGCUCUACCUGGCCGGGCGUGAUGCGAGAAACGACGCAGAAACACCACUCCGCAGAGCCUGGCCUCGUGUAUGCUUUCUUGGUGGCCGGACGCGGAGUGGGGGGAGUGGUCUCGGGGCCUUUGAGUGAGGCUUUGCUCAAGGCGCCGCCGUUGACCAGGACGUUCUCUUAUGGCUAUGGGAAACUCCUUCCACACGCUGCUAUCGCCUCUGGUGACGAUAUCCCGAGCAAUGAAUGGACUCCUCCACUUGCAUGGGUGACCUGGCCUGACCUGACGAAGAAGCAGCGCAUCACGCACUCAUUGAUUUUCACCACUCUGAGCUCAGAUCACUAA